AUGAAUGGAGCAGCUGGACCUUCGCAUAUUGACAGCCGCGAGCGAGUUCUCAAAUUAGGGGGCAGUUUUGAGAAGCAGCCUCGCUGCGCCUUCCACACUGUGCGCUAUGACUUCAAACCUGCCUCUAUUGACACUUCUUGUGAAGGAGAGCUUGAAGUCGGCAAAGGUGAACAGGUGACAAUUACUCUACCAAAUAUAGAAGGUUCAACUGCACCAGUAACUGUUUUCAAAGGUUCAAAGAAACCUUACUUAAAAGAAUGCAUUUUGAUUAUUAACCAUGAUACUGGGGAAUGUCGUCUAGAAAAACUCAGCAGCAACAUCACUGUAAAAAAAACAAGGUUUGAAGGAAGUAGUAAAAUUAGGUAUCGGAUAGAACAGCAGCAGCAACAAAUGCGAAAUUCACCUAGGCCUCCCAAUCUUAUAAAACAUUCUCCAUCCGAAGACAAGAUGUCCCCAGCAUCUCCAAUGGAUGAUAUUGAAAGAGAACUGAAAGCAGAAGCUAGUCUAAUGGACCAGAUGAGUAGUUGUGAUAGUUCAUCAGAUUCUAAAAGUUUAUCAUCUUCAAGCAGUGAGGAUAGUUCCAGUGAUUCAGAAGAUGAAGAGUGCAAAUCCUCCCCUGAUCCAGGGAACUAUAUCUCAGAACAUCCUACCAUGUCUAUCAUGCCACAGUGCAGGAUUCCUGAGAUAGUGUCUGGUCAGAAUAAACAUCAUGACAACAAUGGCCUUCUGAUGAAUACUUUAAGAAAUGAUUUGCAGCUGAGUGAAUCAGGAAGUGACAGUGAUGACUGA